AUUUCCACAAUACAACCACUGUUUCCUCUUUGUUCAGUAUAUCCCAAAUGGGCUUCUAUAAUUCAACACAAAGCGGUCCCUUUGGAAAAGCUGAUUGCUAUGUUAUUGGUUCAAAACUUCCGUUCAAUAUGCCGAACCGCAUCUGCAACUUGAUUCUGACUUGCACUGCAUCCAAAAGCAUCUUUCGUAGUCAAACCCUUCGAUUUUUUGAUAAUAUACUAGGUUCUGUCGCCCUCAUGUAGCAAUGGACUCCACUGUGUGAAAGCAAUGUUCACCCAUUAUAUCGAAAGUCCAGACGAAAAGACCGGAUUAGAUUUGACUUCUAGGGAAG